UAUGACAAUAUAAGUACUUACAACCGUGUGUUCAGUUUUGCAAUUUUUGCACGAAUCACAAGAAAGAUAUGAAAAAAUGGAAUCAAGAAUAAAAGAAAAUGUCAUAAAAAACGAUAAGAUUUUUGGUGCUGUCUUGGAAUCUGACAUUGAGAUUCUUGAGUCAAUUGUUGCAGAAGAGAGUGUAUCUGUUUUAGAAAAGAAGACAAAAGAAGGUUGGACACCUUUGCAUGUUGCAGUUAUAUUUUCAAAAGAUUGUGCCGUUAAUUUUCUCCUUGACCAUGGAUGUAAUGUUCAUGUACAAGACAUAGAUUUGAAAACACCGCUACACUGGGCAGCGUAUAAGAAUGUGUCUUUCAUAAUUUUUGAAAGAAUAUUGCAUGUUACUCUGAAAACCGACGGUAUUUUGGAAACCAACGACGUUCUUGGAAGAACACCUCUACAUUAUGUAUGCAUGAAUAAAUCAGCUUGCGAUGAAGAAGAAAUUAUCUCUAAUUUUUCUAUUGAAAUAGUAAAAAAGGUACACUUAUUGCUUAGUUUCGUCGGGGAUAUCGACUCAAUGGACAACGAAGGUAAUACUUCUUUGCAUUUAUUGUGUUCUAACAUUCAUAAUUGUGUACAAUCGGAGGUUGUAGAUCAUAAAUUGAUUCUAGGAGAAUUGAAAGAAUUAAAAUCCAAGUCUCUAUGUGGUUUCAUUACAGAAAUGUUCAUUAACAAAAAGGCAAAUAUAUUCUUGCCAAACGAAUAUAGAAUUACUCCUUUUCAUCUGGCUUGUAAAUUUCUCUGCGUUGAAAUGAUAAAUGUAAUGUUAUAUCAACAUUCCGUCUCGACUUCAGUAAUGCACAUAUGUGAUACACCUCCGAUGGCCAUGGUAUUCAGUCAUGCACCAUGUACAUGUAAAUCUCUUCCAUACAAAAUGCAUCAAUCGGACUGGUUCUAUCUCUCUGAUCACAAGUCACGAUUUGAGGACAGUCUGCGCCCUGUCUUAAAGCAUAUGAAGCUAUAUAUAAAUAGUACCAAACGUGUGUCUGGUUCCACAGCCCUGCAUCUCGCAGUUUUGGAUAUGAAAUGUUCAUCUAACGUUGUAAAGGGUUUAUUGGAAUAUGCUAAAGCUGAUGCCAAUGCAAGAAAUUUUCUUGGUAAAACUCCCCUACAUUAUUUGAUUCGAGGAGAAAUUAUUAGUGUACCUGGUAUGAUGAAGGACGUAAUGCAAAAAAACUGGCAAAAUAAAGUAGCUUUGUUGUUUAAACAUGGUGCUAACAUCGACUGCCAAGAUGUUUUCGGAUUUUCUACUUUACAUGAUUCCUCAUUUCAUUGUGAUGUAGAUUUUCUUACCUGUCUUAUAGAAAACAAUGCCACUGUUUCUAUUCGUAACAAACAUGGAGCUACACCUUUCCACCUUCUUGCUAUUAAUACGAGGAAAGAAUUAGACACAGAUCUUAACGAUUUCAGUACAGCGCUUGAAAUACUAUUGAAAGCUGGAGCUAACAUCAAUGAUCAAGAUUUGUACGGUUCGUCGGCACUACACUACGCAGUUUAUGACGGCAAUAAAACAGUUGCAUUAAAACUUUUGGAAAAAGGAAUAGAUGAUGGUUUAAAAGAUGUCGAAGGAAUGACUGCUUCAGAUCUCUGUCUUAUUGUUAACCGUGUUGAAUUCAAAAACUUCUUAGCUGAGGGAGUAAUACAUUUUGACGAUAAACUAGACGUGUUUUUAGAAACUGUCCAUAUCAAUGAUGUGUCAAAGUGGUUAACUUGCAACAUUGCAAAAAUGACUCUAAGUGACGAAAAAAUCCUUCAUUUACUGCAUUCUUCUCAAAAUAGCUCCUUAUCAAACAAGGUAUCAGAAAACAUUAUUUUAAGACAACUUCUUGAUCUCAUGAAGUCAGUGUUUACUGAGGUGGAACGUCGUGACAAAAGAUUUAAAAUUUCAAUAGAGCUAUCAGGGAGCACAAGAGAGGGUACGAAAGUUGAUGCGCCUGACGAGUUCGAUAUUCUGUGUUUUCUUGAUAAUUUCGAAAGUCUUUGUGAUGUUGAAGAAAUCCGGAAAACAUACUAUGUACAAUGUAGGCGUAAAGAGGGUGAACGAAAUCAACCAUAUAAUGAGUUCUUUAACGAAAACGGCCUCUUGGUGGGUAAUCGGAUUGCAAAAUUAGUUUACCUUCUUCUAAAAGAAUGUCUUGGAAUGCCAUCUGUUUGGAAAUUUGCACCUGGAUUGUCAGUAGAUAAUGUUAACUUUGAAUUGCCAUCAGCAGAAGACUUCCCAAGUAUUCUUUGUCUACAUUUCCUUUACACUGAUGCAAAAUAUAAAGAGAUGCCAUUAAGCUGUGAUAUCGUACCCGUAAUACGUCAGAGACGUUGGUGGCCAUCCUUUGUGAAAAAAGACGGAAGGUUUAAUACAGAGAACAUUAUGGAAAAUGGUUGCAUGGUUAUGUGUAGACCUACCAAGCAGGUUAUGCUUUCUGGUGAAAUAGUUACAUUCCUUACACAUUUUAAAGUUUCAGUGUACUUGGCGGAAUUCUGCAUAAUGCAAACUCUUCCUAAAGCCGUGGUAGACGCAUACAAAUUGGCAAAAAUUCUCCUAAAACAGAAACACUUAUAUCCUCCAUUAACAGAUAUUUCUCAGCAGGAAAUGAGCAGUGACGAGGAGCAAGGUAUUGACCUAUUUCUGUCAGCCAUUCAUCCAAUGAUGGGAAUGUUCAGUAAAAGAAAUAUGGUUACCAGCUAUGAGUUAAAAAACGCUUUGUUUUAUGAGCUUGAUUCGGAAACUAACUUACCAUGCUUACAGAACAAAGAUAAUCUGGAUAUCAAGAUGACUAGAGAAUGGACAAUACGAAUUUUCAAACGUGUUCAUAGUUUCAUAGAGAAUGGCUGUUUCCAACCCUAUUUCAUGCAAACAUUAUCCAUCUAUUCAGCACCAUGUGAAAAUUCUUUGAAAAAUAUUGAAUGUAUGUUUUGUAAUAUGAUUGUUGCCAUAUUGGGUGGUAGUUUGAAAGAGAAUGAUACAAAUAUGAAAAGUAAGAAACCAUGUGAGUAGUAAAUGUAUUGUCAAAAGGGCAUAAUUCAUAUAAGGGAAAGCCUAUGGUCAAGUCACUUGUUAAAUUCGAAAAUGAAAAAGGUAUAACAAAAUCUGCAAAAUAGAAUCUUUCAGUUGUUCAUAAGAUCUAUGCUGUCAGGUAUCAGUUUUAGUAUAUUUAAAUUAUGUAUUCAUAGUUUAUUAAGAUAUUUAGACUAUUAUAAAAAUAGCAAAAACUGUCAAAAUAACCUCACUUUGAGAAAUUGUAAUUGUUCCACUAUUUUGGUUCUAAAAGAUUCUCUCCUUAUUCAUGGACAUCCAGUCACAAAACUUUUUACAUGUUUUAUAAAUUUACGAAUCCCAGGACCUAUCUGUAGAUUAUACGGUAUUUAUCUGCAUUCUCCUAACAUCAUGAUGAAUGGUGAUCAUUAAACUGUUUCAUUACUUCAAUAUCGUAUUUCUUGCCUAUAUAUCAUUUUCUGUACAGUAAAGCUGAUUUUAAUUGAAUGUUGAUUGCGCUCAGACAUUGGUCUGCAUAUAUGGCUUAUAAUGACGCAUGCAUUAAAUUUGAGAUUCUUAAUAACAUUGAGAGUUUGCUAUCAAUAACUAGUUCAUUUUUCAUUGAUUUGUAUUUCAUCUUCUGUUUUUCCUGUAACUAUGAAUGUUCUUAAUAAAUGCUUAUCACGUU